AUGUCGGGCGUCGACGACGCCGACGACGUCAGGCGCUAUCAGGCACCGUACAGCGCUCACCGCCCUGUGCCCACAAUCUCCAAGUAUCGCGAGGAAAAGGCUGCGCGCCAGCAGAAUGCCAUCAAGGACGAUGAGAGCCCCGACGAGGGUGCCGCGUCGCUCUGGGGAUGGGGUCAGGCCAAGUCGGAGGCUAAGCCAGAGGACCAGACAGACGCACCAGAUUCCGCGGUCGGCGACGUCGGUCAGCCUCAACAGACGGACCAGGGUGGGAACGAUGACGCCGGUCAGCAGCAGCAGCAGCAGCAGCAGCAGCAGCAGCAGCAGCAGGAGGCUCCCAAGGACACGUCCCAAAUCGACCCGGGGGCCACCGACCCCAAGCAGCGGCGCAAGGAGAUGAAGCACCGCAAAAAGGAGCGUGCCGAGCGAGAAGUCACCGAUCCCGUCACCCAUCUCCCCGUCACCAUCCACGACUUCACCAGCGAGGCCCUCGAGGAGCUCGAGCUCAACAGCCCCUCGUCUGGCUCCACGCCAAAGACGGCGACCGGCCUGAGCGCCAAGAACAAGUCGGAUGAGCAGCUCGCCAGCGAGAAGAAGCGGAUGCAGGAGGACCACCACAUGCUCACCAACCGGUUCCCGCCUCCCGACUUUGAUGUCUUGGGUCAGCAGUUUGCAGCCAUCACGAAGCGGGGCAUCACCAUUGGCUUGUGCGGCGCCUUUCUCAUUUUCUUCGGAGCAUUGACGCUGGAGCGCUGGGUUCACGGCCAGCGGGAUGGUCAAUCCCGCAGCGGCGGCUGGCUAGGGACAAGCUUUACAUGGGCAACACUGCUCGGCUUGAGUGCCGCCGCCAUCGCUGCUCUAGUUGCAGGCGUUCGGGACUACACGUCUCGGAAAAUCACCAGCAUCUUCCAGGAUGAGCUGUGGGAUGCCCAGCGCCAGCAGAUAGAGGCCGACGCGAACAGGAACCAGACGGAGACGACGGCCUGGCUCAACUCACUUCUCGGCUCAGUAUGGCCCCUCAUCAACCCCGACCUGUUUGCCAGUCUGUCCGACACCCUCGAAGACGUCAUGCAGGCGUCUCUCCCCAAGUUUGUUCGCAUGGUCAGCGUCGAGGACAUUGGUCAGGGCAGCGAGUCGCUCCGAAUUCUCGGCAUCCGGUGGCUUCCGACCGCCGCGGCUGCUCACUCUGUGACCCAGGAUGGGAAACUCACCACUCAGGAGCAGUGCGACAACGGCAAGGAUGGUGGGGAUCAAAAGAACGAAGAUGGCGACGCAGACCCCAAAAAGCAGGCAGACAAAAAGGCCAUAGCCGAAGGCAUGGAGGGCGAGGAAGGCGACUUUGUCAACAUGGAAGUCGCAUUUGCCUAUCGCACGCGCUCAAGUUCCAAGAGCCUCAAGGAUCGAACCAAAGACAUGCAUCUCUAUCUGGCCUUUUACCUGCCCGGAAACAUCAAGAUACCAGUUUGGGUCGACCUGCAGGGCAUCAUUGGCAUCAUGAGGCUGAGGCUGCAACUGACGCCUGACCCGCCCUUCUUCGCCCUCUGCACCAUGACGUUUCUGGGCCAGCCCAAGGUCAACCUCAGCUGCACGCCCUUGAGCCAGCAUGGCCUGAACAUCAUGGACAUUCCUCUCAUCAGCAACUUUGUGCAGUCUGCUGUCGAUGCCGCUGUGGCCGAGUACGUGGCGCCAAAGAGCCUGACCCUCGACCUCAAGGACAUGCUCGCAGGAGAUGACUUCAAGAAGGACACAAACUCUGUCGGUGUCCUUAUGAUCAACAUCAAGAGGGGCUACGACUUCAAAAUGGGCGACACGGCGAUUCCGUUCUUCAGCGACGGCAGCUCUGACCCUUACGUCUCUGUUGGGUGGGCCAAGUUUGGCAGGGUGCUCUGGAGUACGCGCAUCCUCAUGUCGGAGAUGGAGCCGCGCUGGGACGAGACGUGCUUUGUUCUCGUCACCCCAGAGGAGCUGAACAUUGACGAGCGAUUGCGCGUCCAGCUCUGGGACUCGGAUCGGUUCACCGCCGACGACGAUCUAGGCCGCAUCGAGGUCCCGCUCAAAGAGCUCAUGGCCAACGAGCAAUCCAAAGGGCGGAUGUGGAAGCGCACCGACGGGUUCAGGGCCCUCAAAUCGGGAGACAACAUGCCCGGGAAGCUCGAGUGGAGCGUCGGGUAUUUCUCCAAGGCGAAGAUACAACAAGAUCAGUUUGAGAGGCAGACUCACGAUCGCAAAGUACGAUCCAUGGAUCAGCUGAGGGACAAGGUGGACCAGAGCUGCGAGCGAAAGCUUCGGGAAACCAUGUUUAGGGAAGGGCAAACGGAGCGGGACGAAGCCGAGCUGCAGCAACAAAAGGCGCAGGAGCUCAAGUCGGAGCAAGACGCCAUGAUUAUAUCUGCGCCGCCGCCGGACAAGUAUCCCUGCGGGCUGUUCAGCUUGCAGAUCCACAACAUCACGGGGCUCGAGCUCAUCAAGCUCAGCAAGUCGCAAAACGUCGACGACGAAGAGGCAAGCGAUGAAGAGGAGACGGGCGAGAGCCUUCCGAGCUCGUACUGCACCGUCAUCGUCAACCACAGCAAGACGUUUAAGACGCGGACGAAGCCCCAGAACGCGAAGCCGUUUUUCAACGCAGGCUGUGAGCGCUUCAUCCGUGAUUGGAGAGACUGCGACGUGUACGUCUCGGUCCGAGACGCCAGGUUGCACGAGGACAACCCACUGCUGGGCAUCGUGCACCUACCCCUCGGCGACAUAUUCAAGGACCGGUCUCAAGUCAUGGGCUUCUGGCCGCUAUCAGGCGGCAUCGGCCACGGCAGGAUCAGACUGUCCAUGGUGUGGAGGAGCGUGAAGCUGCAGGCGCCGCGGAACCUCAUGGGCUGGAACUACGGCACCGUGGACGUGCAACCGCAGGCCACCAGCGCGGACUGCCCGCAGGACCUGCGAUCCUGCAAGCUCAAGCUCAAGACCAACAUUAGCAUGGGCAAGCUGUACGCGCGAAGCAGCAGCGGCGGCGGCGGCGGAGACAACGCCGAGGCCAAGUGGACGGCCAAGAAGGAGCAAAACGUCAGCCUCGCGGUGCACAAGCGGUACAGCAGCUGCAUGUCCAUCUCGUUCAAGGACAAGGGCUUCUUCGGGGACAAGGUGGCGGCGUUUUGCGUCCUGUGGCUCAAGGACAUUCCCGACGAGGAGGAGCAGCAGCUGGAGCUGCCCAUCUGGAAGGGCGACUUUGAGCGCGCCACGUCCAACUGCCUCGAGGAGUGCGGCGAGCGGCUCGGCACACUGAAGCUGAAGCUCACGUUCUGGGCCGGCAUGGGCGCCGCACACUCGGCGUGGGCAUCGCGCAACCAAAACACGCGCGACGUGGUCGAAGUCAUCGACACGUCGCGCGACAACCUCGACGUGGACAAGCUGCAGAAGGAGGCGGGCAUCGUGGACGAAGAGGCGUCGAGCGACAGCGACAGCUCCGAUGACGAUGACGAUGACGACGGUAACGACGCUGAGGGCGGCCAGCAGGGCAACGGCAAGCCCAGGCGCAAAGGCGAGGCCAUCCCCGACGGCAGCGCCGACGACAAGCAGGGCCCGCUGGACCAGCUGCGCGACUACCGCCGCCGGGACAAGGCGCUGCACAGGCAGCACCGCGGCAUCAUGCAGUGGAAGGUGCCCCGGACGGCGCGCUGGGUCAAGCACAAGAUGGAGAGGGUCGGCGACGGCGUGUCGGGCCUGUUUGACCACCACUCGAAGCAGGAGGGCAUCGAGACGGAGGUGUAA